GCGGCCGGCGGGGUGGGCGCGCUCCGGGAAGGCCGCGGCCCCGCUCACCGGGCGGCGGCGGGAGAGAGGCCGGGCAGGUCGCGGUGUUCGGUGUGGAGUUGCUCAAUAGCGGCGGCGGAGGGUGCCCAGGCCGCUGCCGGGGCUCCGGAGGGUCGGGCGGCCCCGCAGUGCCCCGAGCUGAGGCGCGGCCGUGCCGAGGCCCAGAGCCGCAGCUGAAACCGGCCCCGGUGCUCGCUUCCCCUCGGGCCGGGGAGGCACAAGGGGCUGGCACUGAGGGCACGGCAGGGGCGGGUGUCCGUGGGGUGAUUUCAUCCUUUCCGUGACAUUUCGCCUUUCAAGGUGUGAGCCCGGAACGAUGGCCGCAGAGUCGCCGCGCCGCCCCAGCCGCUGCACGGGAGGAGUGGUGGUUCGCCCUCAAGCUGCCACGGAACAGUCCUACAUGGAAAGUGUUGUUACCUUCCUCCAAGAUGUUGUGCCACAGGCCUACAGUGGAACCCCACCAGAAGAGAAAGAGAAAAUUGUCUGGGUCAGAUUUGAAAAUGCAGAUUUAAAUGAUACAUCCAGGAAUAUGGAAUUCCAUGAAAUCCACAGCACUGGGAAUGAGCCCCCGUUGCUGCUGAUGAUUGGCUACAGCGAUGGGAUGCAAGUGUGGAGCAUACCUAUCAGUGGGGAGGCUCAGGAGCUGUUCUCGGUGCGCCACGGGCCGGUUCGAGCCGCUCGGAUCCUGCCAGCUCCUCAGAUCAGUGCUCAGAAAUGUGAUAAUUUUGCUGAGAAGAGGCCUCUGCUUGGUGUGUGCAAAAGCAUUGGGUCUUCUGGCACCAGCCCACCCUACUGCUGUGUGGAUCUGUAUUCCCUGAGGACAGGAGAGAUGGUCAAGUCCAUCCAGUUCAAAACUCCUAUUUAUGACCUGCAUUGCAAUAAAAGGAUCCUCGUUGUGGUCCUGCAGGAGAAAAUCGCCGCCUUCGACAGCUGCACUUUCACCAAAAAAUUCUUCGUCACCAGCUGCUAUCCUUGUCCAGGGCCAAACAUGAAUCCUAUUGCUCUUGGAAGCCGUUGGCUUGCUUAUGCAGAAAAUAAGCUGAUCCGAUGCCAUCAGUCCCGUGGUGGAGCCUGUGGAGACAACAUUCAGUCUUACACUGCCACAGUCAUUAGUGCUGCCAAAACAAUAAAGACUGGGCUGACAAUGGUGGGGAAGGUGGUGACCCAGCUGACGGGGACGCUGCCGUCGGGAGCCACCGAGGAGGAAAUCCUGGCUCACAGCAACCUCCGCAGGAGUCCCCUGGUGCCUGGCAUUGUCACCAUCAUCGACACCGAGACCGUGGCAGAGGGACAGGUGCUGGUGAGUGAGGACUCGGACAGCGAUGGCAUCGUGGCCCAUUUCCCUGCUCAUGAGAAGCCCAUUUGCUGCAUGGCCUUCAACCCCAGUGGGAUGUUGCUGGUCACCACUGACACAUUAGGCCAUGAUUUCCAUGUUUUCCAAAUCCUGACACAUCCUUGGUCAUCGUCACAAAGUGCCGUCCAUCACUUGUACACACUUCACAGGGGAGAGACCGAAGCCAAAGUACAGGAUAUCUCCUUCAGCCACGACUGCCGCUGGGUGGUGGUCAGCACACUCCGAGGCACUUCCCAUGUUUUCCCCAUCAAUCCCUACGGAGGCCAGCCCUGUGUCAGGACACACAUGUCCCCACGGGUGGUCAAUCGCAUGAGCCGCUUCCAGAAGAGCGCGGGGCUGGAGGAGAUCGAGCAGGAGCUGACGUCGAAGCAGGGCGGACGCUGCAGCCCCGUGCCCGGCCUGUCCAGCAGCCCCUCUGGCUCACCUCUCCACGGUAAAUUGAACAGCCAAGACACUUACAAUAACUUCACAAACAACAAUCCUGGGAAUCCUCGACUCCUGCCUCUCCCAAGUCUGACUGUGGUGUUGCCUCUUGCUCAAAUCAAGCAGCCAAUGACCUUAGGGACCAUCACCAAACGCACAGGACCUUACCUGUUUGGAGCAGGAUGUUUUUCCAUAAAAGCUCCUUGCAAAUCCAAACCAGCUCCACAGAUUUCACCCAGUAAGUCUGUGGGAGGGGAGUUUUGUGUCGCUGCAGUCUUUGGAGCUUCAAGGUCAUGGUUUGCAAACAAUUCCGGCCUCAAACGAGAAAAAGAUCAGUCCAAGCAGUUUGUGGUGGAGUCCCUGUACAUCAUCAGCUGCUACGGGAGCCUGGUGGAGCACGUCCUGGAGCCGCGGCCGCUCAGCACCGCGCCCAAGAUCAGCGACGACACCCCCCUGGAGAUGGUCACCUGCCCCAGGGCCAGCUGGACUUUGGUUAGAACUCCUCAGUGGAAUGAACUCCAACCACCAUUUAAUGCAAACCAUCCACUGCUCCUGGCUGCAGAUGCUGUGCAGUACUACCAGUAUCUUCUGGCUGGCUUGGUGCCACCUGGGAGCCCUGGGCCCAUCACCCGGCACGAGUCCUACGACAGCCUGGCCUCCGACCACAGCGGGCAGGAGGAUGAGGAGUGGCUGUCACAGGUGGAAAUUGUGACUCACACUGGGCCUCAUCGACGCCUGUGGAUGGGCCCUCAGUUCCAGUUCAAAACCAUCCACCCCUCCGGCCAAACCACCGUCAUCUCCUCCAGCUCCUCUGUGCUGCAGUCGCACGGGCCCAGCGACACCCCGCAGCCUCUGCUGGACUUUGACACAGAUGAUCUGGAUCUCAACAGCCUCAGGAUCCAGCCGGUGCGCUCGGAGCCCGUCAGCAUGCCGGGGUCACCGCGGCCCGCGGCCGACCGGCGCGGCGUCUCCACGGUCAUCGAUGCUACUUCAGGUGCCUUCGACCGGAGCGUGACCUUGCUGGAGGUGUGUGGGAGCUGGCCCGAGAACUUCGGUCUGCGCCACAUGUCCUCCAUGGAGCACAGCGAGGAGGGGCUGCGGGAGCGCCUGGCCGACGCGAUGUGCGAGUCCCCCAGCAGGGACAUGGUGGGAUCAGGAACAGACACAGCCGGUGAAGUAGCAGUAAAAAACAUCACCACAAAGAGGCACAUGGCUUUGAAAUGUUUUGAGCUUCAGCGAGAGGGAAGCAUAGAGACGCUCAGUAACAGCUCGGGCUCCACCAGCGGCAGCAUCCCCCGAAACUUCGACGGCUACCGGUCCCCGCUCCCGACUAACGAGAACCAGCCCCUGAGCCUGUUCCCCACGGGAUUCCCCUAAAGCAGCAGCCCAGCAGGGACACAUCCAGCCAGGGUAACGAGCUGCCUCUCCCCCAAACAAUCCCGCUGUGUCUGUCACCUGCCAGCUCCGGGGUGGUUCUCGUUACCCUGAUGAAUAUUGAUGACUCUUAAACCUCCCUGAAGCAUACUCGUGAAAUCUUGACUCUGUGUUCCUGUGCAAUACGAAGAGGCUCCAUCUUCAGUCCUGAUAGCUCUGCAGCUUCUUUUCUCGCUGUCUUCAGGAAGAGGUUGGGUGAGGAGAAAUACUCCUAAGCCAUCUUGGGUCAAGCACAAGGUUUCACAGCUGUUCUCUGCUUUUUUUUGUGCUGAGAUGAAUCUCUGUAGCUCAGAGGAGCUCUCGCCGUUGGUGAAAGUGCCGAGCAUUAAUGGAUGAACUGGAGGGACUGGAAACUGGAGGACUUUCUGUGGACAGGGUUGAUGAUGUUAUUCCUUCCUCAUCGCCUCUCCUUGCUGCCCUUCUUCCCCUCUGAUACUCAUCGAUGCCAGGAGUAUUACAAAUGGAAAUGUUUCUUUUUGUUCUUUGGAAGAAUUCUCUCUCUUGCUCCCAUUUUCUUCUAGUCAUGUAUUUUAGGAACAUACUUAAUUGACUAAUUGCAGUCAUGGAUUUCUCAUAUUUGGUUAUAAAAGUUGUUCAUUGGAACUCAGAUAUCUGUCCAGAAAUGCAUGUGUCAUUGAAUAAAUCUAAGUUAAACAAGAAACUGCUUAAAUGGCAAUGUUCAUGGAGUGUUACUGGGCUGACUGUGAGCUUUGUGUAUCACCAGACUCUGUGUGUAUUUACUGACUUGAGGGCUUUAAUUAAAGCCAUCAGUGGCUGUUAUGCAGCCAGUCUAGCAUGGUUUUGCCUCCCCAUUUCCUUGUCCUCGUGUGCACAGACAGGAUUUUUAAAAACAAGGUAUUUAGGUGGUGUGCCUUGCACCCACUUGGCUCCUCUGAAAACCAGCACCCAGCUCCCUGCUUUGAUUGGGACCCUGUUUCUUCAUCCCACUGAUUUCAGUGGGACAAGGACCAGGUGCAGGAGGCAGAGGCUCCCAUUUCCAUUUGUUCUGUUGUGGGAUCAUGGGUCAGAGCCUUUGCAGAACAGCCUGAACCUCUGCACCCUUCUGAACGUGCACAGUCAGAGCUAGCACUGCAUAACCCCGCUGAUAAAACAGUUCUGGGCUCACACAUCAUAACCACACAAAUUCCUACAUCUCAGCCAACUUGUGUCUAGAAGCAGAGUGAGAUGGGGCUGUCAGCUUAUGAAAUUUCCUUCCCACUACUUGUUUUUAAUAGAAGCCGUUUGAGUCAUGGCAGGGAGAGGAAACUAUCUAAAGCCACAAAUCCUACAGCUCCAGCCAGCCACACCAAGGGAUGCAGAACCAACCACCCUCUUCCU